UGGGAGGAGGAGGAAGGAGGGAGGGUGAGACGCGGACGGCACGCAGAGAGGCGCCGGGUCAACGCGCCAGGUAACAACGCCUCAGGACAUCCGCUGACGUCCUCGUCGACGUCCUUGUCGUUGUCCUCGUCGUCGUCGUGAACGGCAACGCGCCGUGCUUCUCCUCGAACGUGGACAUCCCGUCUUGUUCCACGGAUAAUACGAUGUCCUUCCACGCCGCCUCCUGGAGCUUCGCCCUCCUCGCGGCCACGGUCGCGUUGCUGCCCGCCACGCAUCGUGCUCCGUUCGCGCAAGCCGCAACCGGCGGUGGCAGUAUGCUGAAUGACGUCAACAUCUCCGCGAUAUUGGACUCGUUCUCCGUCAGUUACGAUAAAAGAGUAAGGCCGAACUACGGAGGUCCACCAGUGGAGGUUGGCGUCACCAUGUAUGUCCUCAGCAUCAGCUCCGUGUCCGAAGUGUUGAUGGACUUCACGCUGGAUUUUUACUUCCGGCAAUUCUGGACGGACCCGCGGCUGGCGUUCAAGAAACGAGCGGGCGUCGAGACGCUCAGCGUCGGCUCGGAGUUCAUCAAGAACAUUUGGGUACCCGACACGUUCUUCGUCAACGAGAAGCAGUCGUACUUUCACAUCGCUACCACCAGCAACGAGUUCAUUCGUAUUCAUCAUUCGGGAAGCAUUACACGUAGUAUACGUUUAACGAUCACGGCAUCGUGUCCAAUGAAUCUGCAAUACUUUCCGAUGGACCGGCAACUCUGCCAUAUCGAGAUCGAGAGCUUUGGAUACACAAUGCGCGAUAUUCGGUACAAAUGGAACGCCGGCCUACAGUCGGUCGGCAUCUCGAACGAGGUGGAACUACCGCAGUUUCGCGUGCUCGGUCACAGGCAACGACAUUCAACCAUACACCUAUCUACAGUCGGAUACACGAUGAGGGACAUCCGGUACAAGUGGAACGAGGGCCCGAACAGCGUCGGUGUCAGCAACGAGGUCUCCCUGCCUCAGUUCAAGGUCCUUGGUCAUCGUCAACGAGCCAUGGAGAUUAGUCUAACUACCGGAAAUUAUUCGCGGCUGGCCUGCGAGAUCCAGUUCGUACGGUCGAUGGGCUACUACCUGAUUCAAAUCUACAUUCCUUCGGGCUUGAUCGUCAUUAUCUCGUGGGUGAGCUUUUGGCUGAACCGUAAUGCGACCCCCGCUCGGGUGGCCCUCGGAGUAACCACUGUGCUCACCAUGACCACCCUUAUGUCAUCGACGAACGCGGCAUUACCGAAAAUCUCCUAUGUCAAGUCCAUCGACGUUUACCUAGGAACGUGUUUCGUCAUGGUGUUUGCCUCGUUGCUCGAAUACGCGACGGUGGGUUAUAUGGCAAAGAGGAUUCAAAUGAGAAAGAAUCGGUUCCAAAAAAUCGCAGAAAGUAUGAAGACAGCGAGGGAGAAUCCAGGACCACCUGGAGUACCUGGUGAUCACGGAGAUCACGCGCCUAAGCAAACUUGGUCCCGUGUUGUCCAGGAGGUGCGGUUCAAGGUGCACGACCCGAAGGCACACAGCAAAGGUGGAACGCUCGAAAAUACCAUAAACGGACGAGCCGAUGAGGAGGUAGCGCCGGCGCCGCAACAUCUUAUUCAUCCUGGCAAGGAUAUCAGCAAGCUCUACGGUAUGACGCCAUCGGAUAUCGAUAAAUAUUCCCGCAUCGUGUUUCCUGUAUGUUUCGUCUGUUUCAACCUGAUGUACUGGAUCAUCUACCUGCACAUCAGCGACGUCGUGGCGGACGAUCUGGUGCUUCUCGAGGAGGCGAAAUAAACGAAAAGAACGCGACGAUCGCGCGUGUACGAUGGACGAAACGUGCGGUCAAAGACAGAUACGAAAGUAUUGGGAACAGGGGGUAAAGUCGAUUCGCAGCAGGAACUACGAAAUAGGUCUAAAAAUAUUGAAAAAAUAAUCAAUGUCCCGCCAGGACUAAAAGUCCUAAGAGUGCGACGGACUAAAAAUAACGUUGUGAUUACUUCGAUACGAAGGGGGAUGAAUAAACUGUGCAAGCUAGAUCGACAUUGGCAUCCUGGAUCGACGAAUAGAACUAGAAAAAGAAGAACGAAGAAAGUCGAAGCGAGAACGACUAAGGAAACGUAUAGAGAUCGAGGUUAGCGAUUGUUAAUGGCUAACUUGACCGCGAACACUGUUUCGAUGUGAAAUGGAAAGUGUCCAGACCAAAGACGUCGACGAAGAGGUAACAAACGAGCCGGGCGCCUCUGUGCUUCGAUCGAGUAAGAGAUAGAGACUGCCGCUGGUCAGACCGGUCGGACGACUAAAACGCGCUGUGACUACUUCGUGACAUUCCAAUCGUAGCGCGCUGAUCGUAAAUCUCCCUGCGCCUGCGACGUGAUCUUCGAUUUUACGCGACCCAUCGCUUACUCUCGUUCCCAUGUUUAAUCGCGACGACGACGCGAGCGUAUAUUAUCCACGAUACGCGAAAGAUUGAAAGUGGAAAACUUGCGAUUGCUGGCAGAGAACGAAAACCAAAAAAAAAAAAAAAUGCGAACGAAAUAGAAAAACAGAGAACAGUAAAGAAAACAAAUUCAAAAACUAAAACUGCGAAUCCACGAGCGUGCAUACCUUAAACAUUGCCAGUAUAGGUAACUAGGUCUUUAAAAAGGAAGAAGAGAAUACCUUCGAUAUAAACACUUGUCAAUUUAGCCACCAUUAUAUACAUACAUAUAUACAUACAUAUAAAUAAAUAUAUAUAUAUACAUAGUAAAAAAAAAUUAACUAAACGUAAGGGAGAACACAAAAUAAAAGCCCGUCAGUUCGAGACCGACGAAUCGAGACGAGGCCGAUGGAAAACGAGAAAUUCUAAGAACGAGUCGAUCGAGAAUUCAACGAUCGUCGCUCGAAUGGCGCUCGAGUGUACAUGUGAUUGAGCAGAACGACGAAGAAUCGCGUGAAUCUGCGUGUGCGAGACCGCGUGACUGUGUGUGUGCGCGCGCGCCACUGUCCUACGUGUACAAGUGCGUGCCUUCGUGUGUGUCUGCUUGCGUGCCUAUACAUGUGUGUAUAUGUACGUGCGUAUGUACGAGCGUGCGUGCGUACGUGCGUGCGUACGUGCGUGCAUGCGUGCGUGCGUGCGUGCGUGCGUACCUGCAUGCGUGCGUACCUGCGUGCGUGCGUGUGUGUUAUUCUACGAGCGCCAGCGCACGUGUACGAAAGAAUAAAGAGUCGAGGAGAAAAGGUUUUUGUUUCGAACGAAGACAAAAAACGGUUCACUACCGGAGACUGGUGCGACUUAAUCCGUUAAGUAAGUACGUUUUAAGUAUCUACGUAUGUAAGGAGACAUACGUGUGCAUGUGCCGCGUAAAUGCGUUACGUACGUACGCGCAUGCACAUUAGGUAAUUACGUGCAGACACACGUACACGACUAUCCGCGUGUCGACAACACACGAGGUAACGGAUCCUCGAGAAGCGUCCUCGCGAUGAAAUACGAUCGAUCCUUCGUCUGUAUCGAGCCAGAAGAAAGAUCGAUCGCGACGAAUCGCAAAGCAUCUCGAUGGACGCGGCCGGAUCGACGAGCGGAGCGAGCAACAAUUUCAACGCGAGUCGCAUCAUUUCGAGGUAGAGCUGUUUUCUCGAAUGUCUUUUUUAUUGCCACGAACGUUAUGUGUGUCCGUUUCAUUUUAUACCACUUUUUUACCAUUUAUAGAACUCGUCGGACGAAGCGACUUUUAUAUUUCCGUCACUUCUAUGAUCGCGAUCCUCCCUCGGAAUCGUGUAACUUCCGUGGAAUCGUCGUGGCGCGCAACCCUGUACGUGUUCGUGUACGUGGCUCAACGGGGAGUAACUUUUUAGCUCGUACUACUACGUAGCCGCGAAAAAAAAAAACUGUUAUACGUAGAGAUCUACUCCCAGAACGUACGAUUAGGUCGGACGUAAGAGUUAUUCCAAUUUUUCGCGAAAUUAUAAAACACGAGGUUGGGAGGGGCCAGCCAAGGAGGAGUCCGCAAAUUGAACGCGAGCCGCUCCAGGCUGCGGAGUAAGCUUUUUUCCUCCCGUCGUUUUAGCGUUGAAACAGAACACGAAAAGAAAAGAGAGAAGCGCACCGCGAUCAAACGAAAUCAAACAGCUUUUUUCUGUUUAGUGGCACGCAGGCGUAGAGAAACGCUUUCGCGAAAACGAUUUAAAAUACGUCCUCGCUGAAGAAUGCGGUAGAGAGGACAGGAGGGAAGAGAAGCGAGAGAGCGACGCGAGAAUCUCGAGGAAACAGAAAAGAGAAAAGAGUAAAAAAGAUCUCCCUUGAAUCGUCCUUCUUUUAAUGGUUCUUCUUAGUCGCGCGUCACUCUGCAACGAGUUAUUCCCAACCGUAACCGUAAACGCAACGUAAACGCUCUUGUUUCCCAUUCGAAAUACUUGUGACGUUCUAUCGAGCAAAACGACAAACGAAAUUGUAAGCGAAGAACGGUGUCGCGAUGGUUCGUGCGACGCUGUGCACAAAGCACAUCCGAGAAAACGAGCAGCGAUCGCAUUUAUCCUCGCGCGUGGAUUAGUUUUACCGUCGAACACAUGUACACCGCGGCGCGGUCCUUCCGUGGAGAGGCCCUUGGUCUUCCCCGGUAGCUGUUCCGUCUGUACGUUUUUGCUGAGUUAAUUAACGCCAAUUGUAUGCCGUUCUACUUCCGUCUUUUGGAUACUCCAUGCUGUAUGCUCGCAUUUUUCCAUCCACCAUCUCUCUCCUACUCACUGUGUGCGACCGCGCGCGUUCACGGACACGGACCUUACCACAUCCACGAAUGCCAGAGUCGCACACACGAACGAGAAUCAUCUUGAUUCCCCAAGUGCAUAUACGCAUACGUACGUACGUACAUGUAACACACUUCUGCCUUCCUGUCUCUCCUUUUCAUUUCAUCCCUCGUCCCUCUUUCUCUCUGUCUCUUCUGUCUCUUCCAACGUGGUUUGCUGGCUGCAGACUGGGUCGUGGAAGCUUGCCAUUCAGGAUAUCGACCAGCUGACACGCCCAACCCGCCCACCACCCUCUAUUCUUCUCUCUCCUUCUCACUGUCCAUGCCUGCCUCUCUUUCGCUCAAAUUCUUUCCCUGUCUUUCGCGUCUGUCUCUCGAUCUCUCCGUUUCCUUCUUUUUCCCGAGCGCUCUCCGCCGCUCUUCUCUACAAUCGCCAAACAGUCCGUUUGCCAGACGCUCUUGCUCAUUGUGCAUUUAAUAAGGAGCUUCUUGCCUUGGUACUCUGCGAGAAUUCUUUAUAAAAGUAGGUAAUCUUGCUCGAGGAUCUCCUUGGUCGCCAUCCCCCUCGAAUAUACGGAAGAAGUGGCCGAGGGAAGUUCGUGUUUGGCCGUCCCGUUCCACCAGCCUCCAAAAACCCGUACAACUUACGAGAGAACGACUGCCCCUUGAUUAACCUCGCCACCACCGUCGUUGUUAUCAGCGCGUUGCUUCACGCGUUUGCUUGUUAUUACGUCGAACGAUUGAACGAUACACCGUUGAAGGGGCGACGCUCUUUCGAUCUGUGUCGAUCGAGCGAGAAUACGAUAGUCGAAGCGGUAAUACGCACCUAAAGGAGAUGAAGGCAAAAGGGUCAAUCGAUUCUGGCAGCGAGGUGGGACGGGACGCAGAUUAACAUUCUUAACCCUCGUUCGUCUCUUCGUUCUGCACGUAUUAUGAUGAUAAUUGUAAGUAAUAUCGACGAUACUUCCACGUCCGCCCCAACGGAAGCAUUAUUACGCAAUUUAUAUAUAAUUGUACAUCUGUUAUCUACUUGGAGUCUCUAUUAUAGCGAAAAAGAAAGGGAAAAGGAACUAGCGUUUUAUCGUUGUGAUAUAUUCUACAGUGUCUAUAUGCAUUUAUUCAUACGUAUAUCACGUAUGCAUUCAUGCAUACCCACGUGUUUGUACGUAUGUACGUUAUAUACGUGUGCCUAUUGUUUACGUUGAAUCUAUGAAGCCGUGUGUGCGCGUGUACACGAGGAACUGGCACGUCCACGAAGAUGACGAGGGUAAGGAGCUCUUCCGUAGCGAGCGAACUAUAAUAGGUAGUUAGGCUAAGCUACAAGCGAAUUAUACCGAUAGAACGAAGGAAAAGACCUUUCUCGAUAAAUCGUUUCGUUUUUCUCAUCUUUUUCUCCAUUUUAUUUCUGCCGCCAUGAACUACAAAUUAGAUAAUAAUCCAAGUGUACGAACAGAACACCGAGGGAACGAAACUGUAAUAAUAGGGAAAAGUCGGCAGACCGAUUCGGUGGAUCACGAUAAAUCGCAAUCGUGUACACUCGAACAUUUCCUGUCCAUUUCUGCGCGAAAUGAUUACGUGUGCGUGUAUAUAUAUAUACAUAUAUAUAUAUAUAUAUAUAAGCUUAUUCGAUACGUUUCGGCGGAAAGUAAACGCGCGUGAAAGCGGAAACGCAAUAGAUACGUUCCAAGCGGAAAAAGAUAGAGAAAUCUCAUAUAGGAUGUAACUCAUACCUCGUACGUAUAUAUUCACACACCUAGACACACGCACACACAUCUACCUACACAAACAUAUAUAAAUAUAUAUAAUCUAUAUUUUCGAAAGUUCAUUCGAGGAAUUCGUUUCUCUCACCGUUUAGAUCUCGAGCACCCUCGAAACACCAGGUUACGUCGAGAACACGAUUGGUUAACGAUUGGCAAGCGAACAAACGUCGAUUCGCGACAAAGUGUCGAAACGAUAACGCUUGGAACUUUCUUAACGUUUCUCUUCCCCGACGGCGCCACGCGUGAAAAAACAGAGAAAAAAAGAGUUAAAAAAGGAGAAAGAAAUUCUUAAUCCGCGAUAUAACGUCAUCACGAACAAGCUGACGCACGUGUUAAAACGUGCCUUGAAAAUCGCGCGCCAGUUCCUCCGAACCGACCACGGUCAAUUAUUAUUAUUACUAUGAUUAUUAUUGCUAUGAUUAUUAUUAUUAUUAUUAUUAUUAUUAUUAUUAUGAUUAUUAUUGAUACUAUUAUACUAAUAUAUAUAUAUAUAUUAUAUACAUAAACGUUUUAAGGAUGAAAAAUAAGAAAUUUACGACGAUCUCUGUCCUCUGGCAGGAUAAAAGACAAAAGAACAAAAAAAAAAGAUGAAGAAAAGAAAAUGAAUAAGAGAAAAGGUGAAGACUCGCGUUACCGACGGUCACCUACGUAUAUAUAUAGAUAUAAAUAUUACCACGUAAUUAUAUUACCGAAAUGAAACGAUAUCGUUUAAUUACCGGUCAGCACCAUCGACGCGCGCGCAGGCAUCUCGGCAUUUAAACGAGACGAAACAAAUGAAAGAGAAAGGAUGAAACCGAAACAUUAAAAAAAAAAAAAGAGAAAAAUAAUGAAAAUAGGGAGAAAGAGAAGAAACCUAUUAAUACUAUACAAAUCGAUCAUCUUGUAAAUACGAGUUUUAUACAGAGCGAUUGUAUUCGUUAAAGAAAAAAAAAAAACAAAGAGUACCUACUGCGAAGUAAUAUAUACAUAUUAUAUAUAUAUACAUAUAUAUAUACAUAUUAUAUAUAUAUAAAUAUAUAUACGCAAAUGUAGUGCACACGAGAAUGUGACUGUUCGCACAUAUUUAGGUAAAUCACUUUUAAAGUAUAGGGAGAAAAAAAAAACAGAAGAAGUAGAUUGGAGGCACGUCGGGGGACCGAAGUGAGUACGUACAUUCGUUCGUUCGUUCGGUAAUGAGUGAUUAACUGGAAAAAAUGUUGUUAAAUUAGUGUGAGAGGAAAGAAGACAAAGAGAAAGAGAGAGAGAGAGAGUAUUUAAGUAUUUCAAAUAAAAAAAAAAAAUAAAAGAAAACGUAGCGAAUGAUUGAUGCGCGGCGAGCGAGAGUAUUUUCCAAAAUCGACGAAUCGAUCGAGAAUCGUGCACCAAACAACGUAGACGACCAUACGACCACAAUGUUCGAAUUAGUUUACGAUUUUCACGAUUUUUCACGUCUACCCUAGAGAAAUUCGUUGAGAUAUCGAACGAACGUGCAGAAUCGAAACGAUUCUAACGCUAACGAUUCCGAAAUAGAACCAAAUCAAUUACUCGAUUUUAUACGAUCGUUCGAGCAUCCUUGAGCCCUGUCACGAAGUUCGGGAAACGCGUAAUUGCUCAAAACGAAACUCCUCGAUCGGCGUACGCUUCGAUGUGCACAGAUUUUCAUUUCCAAUCAACGUUGUUUAUUCGCGUGUAACAGCAGAACGCAAAGAAUCUUGCUCUUGAUCUUGUUUCUCAUUGUUCGAGGAUACUCCACGGAAUAUGCACACAGAGAGAAGAAAAUGUUCCUAUCGAGAGCGUAAAGUAUUUUCUACGAUAGAUCGACCAAGUGGAAUGAAGGUUUUUUUCGUCGGCACGAUUCGAUAUCGUGGUCGAUGGUCGUCCUCGUCGAUGCACCGAUAUCGUAAAUGAACAAGAAAUCAAGCCACGGGCGUGCACACGACAAGACCAUGUGAGUUCAAAUCGCGUUGUAACGAAAACUGCCAACUUCAUAUUGCAAUAUACGUUUUAGUCAAUCGUGGCGAUGCACGGGGGGGAAAAUAAAAAUAAUAAAUCAGUCGACGAAACAAAGGAAUUAGAGAAAAACAAGCACUAAGCGACUAAGGAAUUGGAAAAUCUGUCUGAACGGGUGUUAAACUCCUCGAGACCUAUUUUCGGUUCGACGAUCGAUCGAUAGCAGGAGAAUACUCGGAGCAACGUUUCUCCCGUUGUAUUUUCGUUGCACCCAGUUCGAUUUCACGACGAACGAUCCGCGGUUCGCUGCACCGCCGCUUUGCUGUUCGCGUCGACGCACGGGACGAAACGCGCGCAAGCUCAACGACCGCGCGAAACACGACGAACAUUUCGAUCAACUCGAAUAUAGCGAUGUAUCUUCGAACGGAUAAACCGUGUUCAACGUGUUUUGUAACCUGUAUCCGUUCCCUUAGGUUUCGUAGCCGAACAAAAGAACAAAACAAUUUGUAUCAUCCUGCUCAAAAUAAAAUUAACACCGCCGGGUUACGAAUAUAUACCAUUGGGCGUGUCUCACUACACAUACAAACAUAUGAAUUGAUUUGGCAGCCAACCUUUUUGAUUUAGGAAAAUUACAAAGUAGAGAAAAAGAAAGAAAGUGACGGAGAAGAAUUGAAUCGAAAGAGAUACAUACGUUCGGAGUAACUCGUUGCUCAAAUCUCGGUUUUUAAGCGAAACGCCGAUGUUAAUGCGAACAUUUCGUUUUAAAUGUUGCUCGUAGCAUAUUAAAACAGAUGAAAAAAGGAGAAAUAAAAUAACAAAUAUGUGAACUUUGAUUGAUCGAUACUAAUAAGAUGGUUUACGUUAGACUCGAACAACUAUCGAAUAUUUAUAAUUUAAUUUAGCCUCCCGUUGCUUUCAUACCAUGCUGUGUGUUUAUCAGCGAACGAGAUUCUUGAGACUUUCAUGACCUCGCUUUCUUGCAGUUUAUAUUGUUCGAGGUUCCAGCGGGUGUAAAUCAUUUUUACGAUCUUAAUGGAUCUGCUUUAACGCCGUCGCGAGUACGACCGAGUUUAUUCUCCAGGACAGCUUGCAUUCUUUAAGUAAAUUAACUUUUUAUGAUCCAGCGUCACGUAUGGCGUGACGGUUAAACCGUACGUCGAGUUGAUAAACGUUUUUCAAACGAAAAAUUGUUGGUCUGUUGAUUAAAUAAUAAAACGAAAGAUCCAGUCAAUUUAAUACACUUAACAUGGUAUACUAUAUUUUUCAUUGAGAAAAAUAUCAAUGGAAAAGUCGAGGAUGAUAUUGAGAAAGUUGUAUAUACUAUGGAUUCCAGUAUUUCGGUACAAGUUACACGAAACACCAACGAAACUUCUCGCACUAUUUUCCAAGAAGAAACGAUUCACACUUUGAAACCUCGAACAAUAUUAGCAGGCGUCGGGCGUAAAUAUACGCGAGCGUAUUCGGCGAGAACGGUGUAUUUCUGUUCUCGGGUCUGAUCAACGAGAAAGCAUGUCCCGCUUCGUAUUACGCAAGUUUGCAAUUUCGUUCGCGUAGCUGCCAAAAUCUUCCGGGAUUUGGCACGUUUCUACGUUCGUAAACCGCUUGAAAACUUCGAAACCCCUUCGAAUCGGAGCACUCCAACCCGCGUUACAUACGGCGAAGAAAAAUAAACGAGUUGUUCCAAGAGUAUACUAAACCGGAGCCGUGCGGAACGUCUUCGAUCGGAUGGCGAACGACCGCGAAUGUAAAAGAUGCGGAAUUCAACGGCCGAAGAUCGGAUACAGUGAUCGUGCUCAUGGACGACCGAAGGAAGAAGAACGAAAGUACGACGAGGUAUCGCGCGACGGACUGUCUUGACGAGAGUAUCAAAUUCUAAAAUGUAUUUAAUAACACACACUAAUUGCAUUAUGUUGUAGAAAUGUAUUCUACGGUCGUUAACGAUAAGAAGAACAAUGUAGAUACACGCGGUCAACACAUUCACAUAUACAUGUACGUACACGAUAUAUAAGCAAAAACGAACACAUACACGCAUAAAGAAUAAUACUUAUAUACAUGCAUACACGCAGUACAUAACACGAUACAAUAUACACGUACACACGAAGCAUACCCCGUAGAUUGGGUGAUUACCAUCUCGACGCGAUUAUACAUAUAUAUAAUUAAUUAUAAAUAUAUAUAAAUAUAAAUACAUACAUAUACCAGCACUUGGUAGAUAUAGGUACACCCAUACGUUUACCUAUACUACCUUAAGAAAGAAAAUUAAAUAAAAUUAAACAAAAGGAAAACACAUCUACGUGGCUGUAACGCGCCGAUUCUACUAAAAAAAAUAAAGAGAGAACGCGACGAGAAACGAAAAGAGAAGAAUGGGCUAGGGGAGGAGAGGAGAGAGAAGAAAAAGGACGCGCGAGAAUGGACAGUGUUGCAUUUUGCACGACAGGGGCGUAUAUAGCAGUGCGAACAUACAUACAUACAUAACACACAAUAGCGUAGACUUAAUAGAAUCCGUGAGAGUGUGGCUGAUUUAAUCGGGAGGGCGUGAUUCGUCCGUGAAAGAAUGUCCGCGUGUACACUAUUGCAUACGUGGUACGUGCGUGAGUAUCUCCGUGGUCUGUAUUUUAUUGCGGAAGUUCCUGUUCCUCGAGAAUUAACGAGAAGACAUUUAGACGAAGACGAUGAUAACGACGAUGCAAGUAGUCGAGAGCGGAUGACAAAGUCGAGCCGUGAGAGUCACCGAGUUUUUGUAGAUCCUUAAAGAACAAAAAAAAAAAAAAGAAAAAUAAGAAAAAAAUAUACCGAUUGCGCGGGUGCCUCGAUAUCUGCCCGAUUGUUCGAUCUUUUUCCUGCGUUUCGUUCGAGAAGAGUCGAGAAUCUCGUUUUGCAACCACGACCACGAAAAACAUUUUUGUCCGUAUGAGAAACGAAAUAGAAUCGAUUGGCGAAUGUGAUAUACCUAUAUUUCCUUUUCAGAUUAGAGAAACGACGAGAAACAAUAUAGAGAAUAUAAAGAAAAAAAAAAAAAAAAAGAAAAGAAAGAACGGGCAGAUUACGGUACGCCCUUAAUAUAUGAUUAGCCGUGCGCCAUUAAAGAAACCGUUUUUUGUAAUAUCCGAAUAAAAUGCAUGGUCGACGACAACGUA